AUGCAUUGGGAUGCGCAGCCGAGUACGUAUAUCGAUCUGAAAACGUGUUGGCAGAUUUGCGAGUGGCGCCCCGAGCCCUUUAGCACCCCAUUGCUCCAUCUCCCAACUACGAUGUCCGAGAUCACGUUUCCACCCACAGAUACCCCUGGCUUUCAUGUAAACCCAGGCUCUGUAUUGCCCAAGAGGUCUCGAGUACAAACAUUUCCUGCAUCCGGCCAUGGUCCUUCCGACUCGAGUCUUUCGCACUCGCGCGCGUCUGUUUCAUCCGAAUGGGGCGUUUGGGACAGCGACUUGUCCGCUUCGAUGACUUCGAGUGUGGGUCCCUCGGCUUCGAUAUACAGCUCUGGUUCGACUACUGGCAAUCGUACACCUGUACCAAGUCAGAGUGUUGUUCGCCAUGAUGGCCCACCUAAAAGUGUAACCACAAAAAUGCCCAGCCCGCCCCAACGAGUUCGCCCGGAAGAAGUUUGGAGAGAUAUGAUAGGAUCCGCCAACGGUCGGGACAAGGCAUUUAGUAACAACCUCGAGCAGAAACUCAUUCAAUACUCUCUUAAACUAUAUCUCUUGUUCCACGCGCGUACAUUUGCACGCCUCAAACGAGGGUCAGGCCAACUCGAGCCCCGCCUAAGAUCAACCGUCGCGGGCUUCUCUCUCGUGCGCAAAUGCCUUAUUCUAUUCAACUGGCUCGGACCCCUCCUGCAAAUUAUCAACCCUGCAUCCGUCCCAUUCAGCGAAUCCGACCCUCUAGCCUCUCGUAGUUCAGGCAAAUCGAGACCUCUCCUCCACCGCUUCCUGCACGCAUCCCCGCCCGUACUCUUGGAACUUUUCAAUUCGUUGGCGGAUGAUGUCUACACUUUCAGCCGGUUAGGGCUCGUUGGCAAGAAGGUUGGCGGUCGGGCCGAAAAGGCUGCGAAUUGGCUUUGGUUGUUGAGCACCCUUGCUGGUUUGGUCGAGGUUGGCGCUGAUAGGAGUUUGGUGAAGAAUAUGAUUGCAGAACACGAAUCCCGAGUGUACAAGGAUCAAAUGGAGUUGAACCCCAAACAUGUGCAUGAUAGCACCCUCGCUGCACUAGAGCAAGACGAGGACGAUCUGGAGACGCUCAAGAGUCGGUACAAGUGGUUACAAGUUUCGCGUAUGAAACUCUUGUGCGAUUUAGUCUUUGUUUCAUACGAUGUCUUCCACUUCCAAAAGGUACGAGAACCUGCCAUGGCUCUGUCCGGCUUUGCCUCGGCAAUUCUCAGUUCAUCAAAAAUCUACGACAAGCAUUAUAACGCGCUUGCAAAGAGUGAUUCCAACUAG